AGCAAACAAAAAAGGCAGAACUCAUUCUCAUUUGUAUUUGAGAUUUUUCUAUAAGCAUAUCUUCUUGUCCAUCGAAGAAUCUCCUAACUCAAUUCUUUUCUGAUUUAUAUGUGUAAAAUUAUUAUAGAUCAUGUCAGGAGGAGCCUCAUCAUUACUACCAAUCUUUAGUAUUUUCACUAUCUAUGUUCUGUGGUUCGUUGUUAUUAAUGCUUCUUCAAUAAGAGCCAAGAAUAGAACUCAGCCCGUUACAGCUCCCUCUGAAGUGAGAGCUUUGAACUCUAUCUUUGAGCAAUGGAUGAUAAAGGCCAACACUCAGCAAUGGAACAUAAGUGGGGAACCAUGCAGUGGUGCCGCCGUAGACAACUCCAUCAGCAUCAAAGCCGGCUCAUUCAACCCCUUUAUCAAAUGCGACUGCACUUUCAACCAUGGGUCUCUCUGCCACAUUACUAAACUCAAAGUUUAUGCAAUGAAUGUUGUUGGUCCAAUUCCAGAAGAGCUAUGGACUCUGACCUUCCUCUCCUUUCUGAGUUUGAGCCACAAUUUCUUGACAGGUUCUCUUUCUCCAUCAAUUAGAAAUCUCACUAACCUGCAACACUUGCACUUAGGCAUAAAUGCAUUGUCAGGAGAGCUCCCAAAGGAAUUGGGACUACUUACUGAGCUAUCAUCAUUGUUUUUUCUAGAAAACAAUUUCUCUGGUCCGCUGCCGCCGGAGCUAGGGAAUUUAAACAAAUUAAAAAUACUUAGUUUUCCCAGUUCUGGAGUGAGUGGCAAAAUUCCUUCAACAUUUGAAAAUCUCCGAAGCUUGAAACUAUUAUAUGCAUCAGAUAAUGAACUCACAGGCAAGAUACCUGACUUUAUAGGAAGUUGGUCAAAUCUUAAUGUCUUGGUAUUUCAAGGAAACUCUUUUCAAGGGCCUAUACCAUCAACAUUUGCGAAUCUAACUUCUUUAGUAGAAUUGCGGUUGAGUGAUAUCUCUAAUACAAGUUCUUCUCUCGCAUUUAUCAUCAAUAUGAAGUCUCUAUCAACCUUAGAACUGAGGAAUAACGAUGUUAUUGGCUCAAUUCCAUCGAAUAUUGGCGAACUCACAGAGUUGAAAUAUCUGGAUUUAAGCUUCAACAAGUUAAAUGGGCAGAUCCCAGACUCUCUUUUUAACAUGAAUUCACUUCGAACUUUGUUUCUUGGAAACAAUAGCCUAAAUGGUACCUUGACUAGGACGAAAAGUGCACCUCUUCUCACUAUAGAUCUAUCAUACAAUAAUUUAGUGGGGAUCAUUCCUUCUUGGGUCUACAAUCAACAAAAUUUACACAUUAACUUGGCUGGCAACAAUUUUGUGAUAGAUAAUUCAAACAAUAGUACUCUUCUUUCAGGGUUGAACUGCCUUCAGAAAAGUUUCCCAUGUAAUCGAGACCAUCCUCUCUAUUAUAACUUUGGGAUAAACUCUGGUGGUAAACAAAUGACAUCUUCUAAUGGGCUUGUGUAUGAGGAGGAUGAUCAACCUCUUGGUCCAGCUACUCAUUUCGUCACCAGCUCCAGAAGAUGGGCAGUGAGCAAUGUUGGAAUUUUCGCAUGGACUAAUAAUCUUAGCACUUCAUCAUCUCAAUUCACAAGUACUUUUGACACGGAGCUUUUCCUGACUGCAAGGAUUUCUGCUUCAUCGUUGAGAUACUAUGGUCUGGGGCUUGAGAAUGGUAACUACACUGUCAAACUCCAAUUUGCAGAAAUUGCUUUGGAAAAUUCUCUCACGUGGAAAAGUACUGGCAGACGUGUAUUUGAUAUUUAUAUCCAAGGAAAUCGCGUAAUACAGAAUUUUGACAUAAAAAAAGAGGCAGGUGGGAUUUCUUUUAGGGCAGUCCAGAAGGAAUUUAAGGCUCGGGUUUCACAGAACUACCUUGAAAUCCAUCUUUUUUGGGCUGGAAAAGGAACUUGUUGCAUACCAAUAGUUGGUAAUUAUGGACCUUCCAUUUCAGCAAUCAGUGCUACUCCAGAUUUCACACCCACUGUCAGUAACAUUCCUCCAACAUUAAUCAAUAAGAAGAAUCCUCCAACUUUAAGUAAUAAGAAGAAUCAUACGAGUUUGAUUGUGGAGAUCACUGUUGGGGCUGUCAUCUUAAGCUUUUUGUCUAUUUUAGUGGCCUUCUAUGUUAUCCAGAGAAGAAAUAAAUUGCAAAUGAGUGAUGAUGACGAGUUCUUAGGUAUGGAUGUUAAACCAUUCACUUUUGGUUAUGAUGAACUAAAGAUGGCCACAAAUGAUUUCGAUUCUUCUAAUAAGUUGGGAGAGGGAGGAUUCGGAGCUGUCUACAAGGGAACACUUGAAGAUGGAAGAGUUAUUGCAGUGAAGCAAUUGUCUCUGACUUCUAACCAAGGAAAGAACCAGUUUGUGGCUGAAAUUGCCACAAUAUCGGUUGUGCAACAUCGUAACCUAGUCAAAUUAUAUGGAUGUUGUAUUGAGGGAGAGAAACGGCUUCUUGUUUACGAGUAUAUGGAGAACAAGAGUCUUGAUCAAGCAUUAUUUGGUAACCAAAGCUUGAUUCUGAAUUGGUCAACACGGUUUGACAUUUGCUUGGGCAUAGCAAGAGGUCUAGCUUACCUCCAUGAAGAUUCACGACUUCGAAUUGUGCAUAGAGAUGUCAAAUCUAGUAACAUUCUUCUUGACUCUGAUCUCAUUCCCAAAAUAUCAGACUUUGGUUUGGCCAAAUUGUAUGAUGAUAAAAAGACUCAUAUAAUUACAAGAGUAGCAGGAACUAUUGGUUAUCUUGCACCUGAAUACGCCAUGUUUGGUCACCUUACUGAGAAAACAGAUGUCUUCGCUUUUGGAGUAGUGGCAUUAGAAAUCGUUACUGGCAGACCAAAUUAUUAUGACUCAAGCUUAGAUGAAGGAAAGACCUAUCUUCUUGACUUGGCUUGGAAUCUACAUGAAGAAGACCGUGAAAUCGAACUGGUUGAUUCAAAACUAUCAGAAUUCAUUGAGGAAGAAGUGAGAAGAAUCAUACGAGUAGCUUUUUUAUGCACUCGAACAUCACCUUCAGCUCGACCAUCGAUGUCCAAAGUGGUGGCAAUUCUUUCAGGAGAUAUUGAUAUGGACACUGAGGUUUCAAGGCCUGGUUACUUGGUUGAGUGGAAAUUCAACGAUGUCAACAGCUUAAUGAGUCGGAUUGCACAAGGGACUGAUCCUACCUUAUAUUCAUCCCAUACAAGUAUAAGCAUGGAGGCAGAUGCAAUGCUAUCACCAGGCGAUAGGGAAACUCAUCCAAUGCUUCAAAACAGAAAUAGUGAUUGAAGUUGAUAAAAGAUGGUUAGUGUUUGUCUAAUAUGAUAAGAAAAUUAGGACCCCCUUGUUAUGUAUCCAUGCUUGUAGUGUGUGAGAUGUUCUAUAUUUUUUAGCAGUAUAUAUAAUUUAGGUUCUUGAAGAGAAUUGUAUAACAUUUAUACUUUUUGUUUACAAAACAUUUUUUUUUGUUUCUCCAU